AUGAGCCUCCGGCGCGCCAUUGCCCGGGUCAGCGAGACGACGCUUCCGUUAAGGAAGACGAGCGCCCGUGACCAGCUUCGACUCGGUUCCUAUCCGGUGCCGCCAGAAGCCCACAUCUGGUGGGCCAAUCGCUCUCAGGUGCCGGGCGGUGAGAUCAAGCAGACCUUCUCCCACUUGCAGCAGAAGAUUAUGUGGCAGUGGUUCUGGAACGCCCCUGCCCGCUGGUACUGGCGCUUGUCGAGUCUGGCUUGGCCAGCUGGAGUGCCAUGCCUCCUGAUGUACAUCUUCGUUUACAAGUCCUGCGAGUGCGACGUUGAGGCGUCCAUCAAAGCCAAGACAUGGUGGUGA